CAGGAUGGCCCAUUCAAACACAUACCUGCGGCAGCCCUGGUGCACCGUGCAUGGCAUCCCCAUGGUCAGAGCCUUCGCCUUCAACUGGGAACAGGUUGACAAUUUCCAGGCCCGCCCUGAGGACAUCGUGGUGGUCACCUUCCCCAAGUCUGGCACCACCUGGGUCAGUGAGAUCGUGGACAUGAUCCUGAAAGGCGGUGACCCAGAAAAAUGCAAGCAAGAAGACAUUGUGAACCGGGUGCCCAUGAUGGAGUUUUCUGCUCCUGGGAUGAUGGCAGCAGGCACAGAGCAGCUGGAAGCCAUGCCAUCUCCUCGCAUCAUCAAGACCCACAUCCCAGCUCACAUCUUGCCCAAAUCCUUCUGGGAAAACCGCUGCAAGAUGAUCUAUGUGGGGCGCAAUGCCAAGGAUGUGGCUGUCUCCUACUACCACUUUGACUUGAUGAACAAGUUCCACCCGCACCCAGGGACAUGGGCCCAGUACCUGGAGGAAUUCAUGGCUGGCAAAGUGGCAUAUGGUUCCUGGUACAACCAUGUCAAGGGCUACUGGGAGCGCAGGAAGGAUCACCCCAUUCUCUACCUCUUCUACGAGGAUUUGAAGGAGGACCUCUGCCGGGAGAUUGCCAAGGUGGCCCAGUUCCUAGGGCAGAAGCUGUCAGAGGCGGCGCUGGACACCAUCACCCGACACACUUCCUUCGAGGCCAUGCGGGACAACCCUGCUACCAACUACAGCAAGGUGCCCUCCGACCUCAUGGACCAUGGUGUGUCCCCCUUCAUGCGCAAAGGCACCACCGGAGACUGGAAGAACCACUUCACUGUGGCCCAGAACGAGCGCUUUGACCAGGACUAUGCGCAGAAGAUGUCUGACACUGACCUGUGCUUCCGCACUCAGAUCUGAGGUGGCACUGCUGGACACC